UGCGUUUGCAUUUGAGCUCUAAAAGAAGAGAAGGUGCUCACUAACUGCCUCUGCUCUCCUGCUGUCACUCUGUCCUCCUUUCCCUCCCUAAAGUCUGCUGUUCGUAUUUAUUGAAAUAUGAUUGAGUGAUAGAAGUUGAUUUUGGAGUUGGUGGGCAGGGCUGAGGAAGAACGUACCCCUGUCCUGAGUCCGUGUUUCUGUUGGGGAAACCUGAAUAAUUCCUGUUAAGGUUCCAUCUGCUAGGCUGAAUAGCAGCGGUGCUUGUGUGAGUGCUGGCAACUGCAGCCCAGGAGCCGGGUGUGUGCUGCAGGACAUGGCUUUGCUCUGCUGCUGGUGGGACUGCUUGUUUGCCUGCUGAUUGUGGUAGGAAAGCAUUCCGAAUCCUGGAGAGAAACAUUCUCCUCCAGCUCACAUCUGUGCCGAUCUCUGGUGCAUUCUGUGCCCUCCCUGCAGAACAGCACUUCACCAGUGCUGCACAUACAGCAGUGAAAGCAUCUGUGACAACGCUGAGCUCAGUGUAAAGCUGAGCUGUGCGCAUGGUUUGGGUUUCCACCCAAAGGUGGCUAUAAUGAACGGCCUGAAGCAGGAGACGGGCUGUGAGGGGAGCAGGGUUGGUGUGAGCCCUGUUCUGUUGGGCACUCUUUGUUGAAGAGGCCGUCAACUUCGGCCCCGUCUGCUCCCCUUAAAGCCUCUGAAAUGCAGACAGGACUGAACGGGUGGCUCAGGCCGAUGUGACAGCAGAGCACAGCGCUCGCUUUCCUGAGUUAUUCUUCUGACUUCCAGGAGCUGAGGAAGGCUGCAGCUCCCUCACAGCCCGUUCUUACAGCAUGCCCAGCAGGAGGGCUGGGCUGGCAGCCGUGCAGGUUUCUUUUUGGAGGGGCUGUCCUGGGGGGGCAGGGAGCUGGGCAUUGCACCCAGCUGGUGUGUCUGUGGGGAUGGGAGCAGCAGCACUGCCACUAGUGUUCCCCACAUCCCGCUGCUCAAAGAUGACUUCUUGCUGGGAAAGCUUUGGAAGUAACUACGGAGUAAGCCCUAAAAAGUGGAUGUGUUCCUUCUCAAACACUGGGCUUUGGUUUUCCCAUACUGUGGCAUUAAUGGUUUAAGCACCAAGUUUCAGUUUGUUCUGUGCCUGUGCUCCCAGGAGCAGUGGCAGCGCUCCUCCCACAGACCAGGUGAGGUCUUUGUCUUAACUGCUUGCUUUUGCUCUACAGACAUCAGCUGCUUUUCAGUGGAACUCUGAGCUGAAAGUUCUUCACCUCUAUCUUAAUUUCCCCAUUUUGGCUCUCCCUGUGGGGCUGGGAGCUUUGCACUGGUGGAUGCGUGCUUGGAUGCUGGAGCACAGCAGAGGCUCAGUGCUAACCCUGUUGCCUUUCAAAUGUGUGAGGCCUCCUUACGUUUGUUCUGUGCUACCUCUGAGCCGGGCCCCAGGGAACGAGCCAGGGCUGUGAGCCGCCCCGGAGCACAACAGUUCUCUGCUGUGUACGAGCAGUUACCCAUCCCCGUCCUCUGCAUGGGGCUUUUAGUGCACGGUGCAGUUUGUCUGCAUCUCACCGUGUUAGAAAAGGAAAUUUCCUGCCUUGUGCUGACACAGAAAGGAAGAGCAUGCAGGCAGCCCUCUGCACUCUGGGUGAACACACACACACACACACACACGCAUGCAGCCCAGCCUUUUUAAACAAGUUCCUUUCACAUUCAUCAGAACCGCAGCUCGCACUUCCAGCGCUGCACACCACAGGCUGCCCUUUGUGCUCCAUCAAGGCCUCCUUUCAGCCCUGCUCUGGCCCCGUGCCUGCUGCGGCUACCUGGGGCCGGCCAGCCCCUGCCCUCUGUGUCGGCACAGCCCUGCUCAGCACGGCCUUCCUCCCCAUGGGUUGCCCUGUCUGGGCAGCAGAGAGCUUUGCACGGGCGCUGCUGGGCUCUGCUCUUCCCUCUGCUGGUUUCUGAAUGGUGCCGUCAGGGCUCUGCAGCUGCAGAAAGUCGGGUUGCCUCUGAGCUGCUGAGCUCCUUCCAGGGCUGCAUCUGUCCUGCAUGGGAAAGCAGCAGAGCCCUGUAGUGUGCAUCAGCCACUGCAACAGGAACAGAUCAAAUGGGGGACCUCUGCGCCUCAAAUCCUUUCCAGUUCCUCUUCCUUCAGUCAUAGGUGGCACUUAACCCUACAGCACAGCCAAGCUGCAAAGAGUGACUUUCUGCUCUUAUCAAAGCUGAUUUCUCUACAACUGCCUGCAGGGUGGGGUGGGGGUCGGCUCUGCUCCUGGAUAACAGCGAUAGGAUCAGAGGGAUGGCAUGCAGCUGGGCCAGGGCAGGCUGGGGAUUAGGACAGUGAGGCACUGCACAGCUGCGGGGCAGUCACCAUCCCUGUAUGGCUUCAAGGAAAGGGUGGAUGUGGCACUGAGGGGCGUGGGUCAGUGGUUGGACUGAGAGAGCUAGGCAGACCUUCCAGGCUUCGUGAUUCUGUGGGUUCAGAGCCCCGUUUGAAGGGGCAGGGCUGCAGGAGAGCUCUGCAAGGCCUGGCUUUGAGUCGUGCGUUUUGUGUUUGAACACUGAUAUGGGCUCCUGGAUUUGUGCUUUGGGCUCACGUGGAAAUACGUUGCACUGCAGUGAGGUGGUCUGGGGAGGGAAGAGGCAGAGCAGGAGAUGCCCUUCGUUAUGCUAAAGGAAAAAAGAAUGGGAGAAGGCCUCAUCCGAGGACUCUUUCCUGCAGCAACGUGUUUGUGUUCUCCAGGAUAAUACAGGGAGAGGGUUAUUAGGAAGUUCUUGAAGUUUGAGCACUAGAAUGUGAGAAGUAAAUAGUUUGUAAGCUUCUUAAAGCUGCAGUCAUUCCAGCAGGUCUGUCUGGGCUGAACACAGCUCCAUGUAGCCAACUGGCUCAGCACUGACACUCCUUGCAGGUUGCUGACACUGAUCAUCUCGUGGCCGAGGUUGCUGGGCUGGAGGUGGGGGGUUACUGCAGAAGGCAGCGGGUCGCCUCCUUGUAACCAGUGCAAAAAGAUGCAAACAUCUGCAGCCAAGAAGAAAAGCCCUGGGGUUCUGAAAGGAUGUGAGCUGUGGAAUUUGGCACGAGGUCAACCCGUAAAUGGCUGUGAGUGACGGAAGGGCAGGUGAUGUUCAGGUUACAGCAGGUGCAUUGCUGCCUCUUGUCAGGAGCGUGAGCACCUGUCCUCGUGCAGCACUUGUGCUUCUGUUCCUGCAGGCACCGCCCCGUGGAGGGGGAACACCUCGCUGUCAUCUGUUGGCAGACUGUGGGGUAACUUUGGGGGUAAUGAGGUCCUGAAGUCAGCUUGUGUGGGAUGUGGUGGUCCCUGGUGUCAGAUGGCUCCAUCUGCCUGCCACGUGGUCCAACCCUGAGGGUCCUUCAGAUUUGUUCCUCCUUGCGGAGGCUUUUCCAGCUGUACCUUUCAGCCACCCGGUGCCCGGGGUGCAGGCAGCACCCCAGGGCAGGCAGUGCAGGCAGCUCACCUCCUGCCUCGCCAAGGAUGAGACGCAGCCGCUUUGUGUCGCCUUCGUGCCGCCCGGGCCCCCCGCAGUCUGUAUGGCUGUAGUCUCAGUGGGUCUCUGCACUGAUCAGUAAACCCGUUCCCUUAUUUCUUUGUAGCGUAGUAACUGAUGCCAUUGUUUUUCCAGCCUCAGCCCGAACAACUGCUGCAGGGAGGGAGGGCGCACAGUGCAGGAGGGGAGCAAGAAGAGGCGCCGCCUGCUGGCCAGCUCUGGGUUACUCACAGUGUUUUUCUCUGUGUUCCAUCUCCGCACCAUAAAAACCCAAUCAUUCAGAUUGUUCCACGUCUUUCCCUGAAGGGAUUCCACGUGCAUUUAGGUGCUCUGUGGAGCGUCAGUACUGUCUGUGCUGUGGUGUUGAGGCAGUUACUGCUGGGUGAGAGCCCGUGGGGCAGCAGGUAGCACAGGGGCACCCACCCCCACCCUCUGUGUGCCCACCUGCUGAGCUGCACUGGAGCAAAGCAGCCCUACCGGUGGGUUUCCUUACAGCUGGCUCUGACCCUGCGGCUGGGACUUAGCUCAGCUGUUCCACGCCUGCCCUUGUGAUGGUCGGUGUGUUCGAACGUGCUUCUCUUUAGCUUUUGAUUUCUACAGAGUUCUUGUGUGAACAGGAACAGCAAAUGCUACUUUGCUGUUGAUACCUGGCUUUCAAGUUUCAAGACCUCUAUCCUGGUGUUAAAAAUCACCAAGAUCAUAAAAAAAAAAAAUUAGAGUGCUUCCUCCUCCCUUGGCUGUCAGAAAGAAGUCCUGUGCCCGGCUCUGAGAGCUGCCCUGACUUCUCCAGGGGCAGUGAGUGCCUAUAGGGGCUACAGAUGAGAUCUCUGGGCUGCGGUGCUCUCUGGAAGGGACGCACAUCUCCAGCCAUGCUGAGGGCAUUGGUGUUUCUGGGAAGCCAUCGUGGGGUACAGAACUCUUGUGGGGAACCCAGCAUGCUGCCUUUGGUGUGGGGGUCGUGGAGGGGCUGAGUGUGUGAGGAUGCAGCGCUGCUGCUGCUCCACGGUGCUGCCCCGGGUGGGUCCCUGUGGGAACGGCACAGAGCUCGGCCCGGGGCUGCUGGGAUGCUGCUGGGGCCAGAGCUAAGCUAGGAGCCCGGUGAAAAUCCUGUCGCAUCUGUGGGUGCAGAGAAGUCUUUCCUGAUCUACCCCAGAGCAGCACUCUGGUUCUGCAGGCCAGAGCUGCUCCUUGGUGCUCGCUGGGAUGUGAGAUGCUGCUGCCGAGUGCAGAGCAGUGGCUGGAGCCGAUCCUCCGCUGCUCGCCCCUCCUGCACAGACAGCCCCGCAUGGGCUCCGGGCAGCCUCGCAGGGCCGUCGCUGCGCAGGGCUCGCUGUGCUGCUGCCGGGUGGCCCCGUCCCUGCAGCACACGACGGCUCCGUUCCUCAUCCCGCGCCGUUGGCUCUGGCUCUUCUGUCCCUCCCUUCCCAGCCCGGAGAGCCGCCGUGUCGCUUCAGGUGGGCCCCGGCUUUGGAUGCUGCUCAUUUUUCCCCGUCUCUCCCCAUCGCGGUGUGACAUUCCCGGCGGUUUCACAGGGCGCAGCGGAAUGUCUCCUGCCGCCGCCAGGGCCCACCUCAACAAGCCGGGCAUUGACGGCAGCGCUGCGCUCAGCCACACGCAAACAGGGAGGGCUGCGGUGCCUUCCCCAGCCCCGCGGGGGGAAGGAAUAACAGGAUGCGAAUGGCAGCAUCAGAGCGCGGUGCUGCUUUCAUGUCCCGGCGCGGUGUGGGGGGGCGGAGGGAGCUGGGGCUCCAACCGGGGGCUGUGCGCUGUGCGCCCCGUGCCGUGUGACUGCGGCCACCCGCACGCAGCAGUGACCGCGGCCGUCCGUCUCCCAGCAGAGUACCCGCGCGGCCCGCUGCCCACGCUGUGGAACGAGCCGGCCGAGCUGCCCUCCGGAUCCGGCCCCUUCGACGCCGCCACCACCACCGCCCGGCUCUCGGACGGCACCGCCUUCGCCCCGUACACCUCCGAGCUGGAGCCCGAGGACACCACCCACCUGCACCGGCUCGAUGCUGGGGACGGCUCGCUGGGGCCCGGAGCUAUUGGUGCCAUUGUCAUCGCCUCCCUCCUGGGUACAUCUGUGCUCGUGGCCUUGGUUGUCAUCACGCUGAGAAAGUUCUCCGCCUCCUGAACUCAAUAAAAGAUUUCUGUACCACA